GUUCAUAAACAUUCAGUACUUCUCCAUCAUCCAAAAGCUCAUCAUGAAUAUGGUGUGGAUCCUGCUGUUAUCCCACUUCAUCGGGUGCGGCUGGUAUGCCAUUGGUAUGGAGAUGCUCGACGAGAACGUGAUCGAGGCAUCCUGGGUAUCGGCCAACGGCCUGGUGGGAGAGCAGCUGAUGUACAAGUAUUUGACGUCCUUGCACUGGUCGAUCACACAGUUCACUCCCGGGUCGAUGAAUGUCCAACCCGUGAACAGCUUUGAGCGCCUGUACAGCGUGAUAGUGCUGGUUCUCGGCAUGGUGGUCUUUUCUUCCACCGUGAGCUCGAUUACUGCCGCGACCAACAACCUUAAAGACAUCAACGCGGUCUACAAGCACCAGAUUUGGACUUUGCGACGGUACUUCCGCGAGCAGAAGAUCUCUGCUCAACUCACAAGCAGGGUCUUGAGAUACACGGAGUCCAUUGUCAAGCCCAAAUACCAGAAGGUGGAUGUUGGGCAGGUCAAAAUCAUGGCUAUGUUGCCGCAGAUUUUGACCAAGGAGGUUAACCUGGAGAUUUACGAAAAGCAUUUGGUUGUUCAUCCACUCUUCCAAUCGCUCGGUGAAGUCAACGUGAGCUUCAUGCAGAAGAUUUGCUCAAACGCUCUCAAGGAGUCUGCCCUCGACAAGGGUGAGAUGGUCUUCGGGCCUGGGCAGGUCUGCUCUGCCAUGUACUUCGUGACACUGGGAGUUCUGGAGUACUUCUUUUCACAGGCAACAUUCCCGAACAUUGUUGACAAGAAGAUGUCGUUUUGCGAGGCAGUGCUCUGGACCCCUUGGGUUCAUCAAGGGAGGAUGUACACACGCACAGAGUCCACGGUCAUCGCCGUGGACGCGAAGCAGUUCCACGACGUUGCGCAGUCUUUCAGCGCGGACAUGGAGCUCUUGAAGGCUUACGGCCGGGAGUUCGUGUUCUCCAUGAACGAAGUGGCUGGCAACUUCACGCCCGAGGAGGAGGAUGACGAGGAGCUCUCAGACCUCUUCCAUUCUGAAAAGGCCAUCCAAGUUCUUCCAGGCAAGAGAGCUUUCGAGGAGAGCAGCUAUGCCAACUCAGCCAACUCUUAUCUCCAAGGCCUCCAAGGGUUCAAUGUCGUUCGCAACCUGAUAUCGCCCACGAGCAGCCCAACCUUGGGAUCGAAGUUUGCGCCGGAGGACGACGACUCCCAGAUGCCUGACAUUCUCGACAGCAACGAGGCAGAGGUGGAAAGCCGCAAGUCCGAGAUUGUCGGCGAAAGAUGCUAA